GAAGCUGUGUGCAUGUGUGUGUGACCUCCAUGUGGAUAUUACCGAUUUUCGUCUGGAGAACAGAAGAAGUUGACCAAACAGUUUGUUCGUGUGUUGAGUUCACUGAAUUCUUUUUUAGGAUCAAGACUUUUGGAUGCGCCAUUCUUCUGCUAUUCUUGUACACAUUUCCUUUGAUAUAGAUUGAUUCCAUUCAAGCCACACCGUGUUUGAUUCUCAUGUGUUUUACGUGGAUUUACCCUUCUGCGACAGUGACCUACUUUCACCGCGCUACACAGGUCUGUGUUCGGUUGACACCGUGUAAGCUAUAGGCUAAGUGUCGUUAUUAUAAAUGUGUCGCUAAACUUUGAGAGCGCGUAAUCUAAGCUCCAUCUAAAGCACACUAAUCAAAUGGUGAAUAUCUAAUAAUCUAAAUGUGUUAUACAAUAGAAGGGCCACCAUUCCCUAAGGUCAACAUUAAGAUAAGAAGGGGCUAUAUUCAGCCCAUGGGGAACCUGUUUGAUAUCCAGUGUGCUCACCUUCGCAGUUCCCCGCUCACCCCGUCGGAUGUUUAUUAGUGAUAGCAUGCAAGUGCUGUCACAUGAUCAGGCCAAGCCUCGCGCUUAAAAUCAAUUUAAAAAUAAGGAAGGAGAUGAAAACCACGAAAUAAAACCAAUGCGCAAAGAUUCUUGUCAUAUCAGCCGUCUGCUCCUCAGCCGUCAACUUUCACUGAGGCUUAGUAUGCUAAACUAAAGUGAAACCAAAAAAAAAAUUCUAAGAUUUAACUCCGGAGUAUUACUGACGGUAAUAGUUUGGCUAAAUGUCACUGAAUGUCAGGAGCUGGCUACGUCAUUUCUGAGUCUGCCGACUAAAUGGAGCACACGAACACGAGGACGUCCCAAAUCGAACGUUUGGCCAGGAACGGCUUGGAGAUGGAAGGAGACAGCGUCGAAAAAGGGGAACUACUUUCCCUGCGCGGGAACGAGGAGACGACGUCUGCUCGGCCGGCGACGUCACACGGCGAUGAGAAUGACGUCAGCUACUCGCACGAGGACAGCUCCGUGCGACAGAGACCCAAGAAUAAGCGCAGGGCGCCCAGAUUCGGCAGUGGAGACAACUGCUGCAGUUCAUUUCUGAAGUGUCUGGGCUUGGUACCUUGCCCGUCUCUAUUAUCAUGGAUUAUACUGUUGUGCGGCAUCGGUUGUCUGACCGGAAGUCUUCUCAUAGGAACAUGGCGCACUAGAGAGCUUCUCAAAGGGGAUGAAGACCUACUCUGGUUCAUGGAAUACACCAUCAUUGGAGUCACCAUCGGAAUGUUUGUCAUUGGUACAUUACUCUUGACCACUGGUCAUUUGUCCACAGAGCCCACCAGUCGUAGAAUUUUCAACUCCCUCACCAAGAAUAGAUGUGCUCAAGGUUUAAAUAUUUGUGCACUGGUUGUGGCCUACAUCCUAACCAUCAUUUGGAUCCUGGUCUCUGUAGUCCUGGCCACUCCUCUUGUUCUCCUCAUAAACAUAAUCUGCAUUGUGAAUCCUGAAUCCAUUGAUCCUAGCUUGUACGGUUUCAAAAGUGGGCAGAUAACUCGGACUCAAUUUCAUGAAGAUGGGGUCAAUCUUCUUAUUACCUAUGCGAUUGCUCUGUUUGGCUCCAUCUUGAUUGUCAACAGUUUGAUCUGUUUCCUGAUAAGCAUCUCUGCCAAUAUAACCCAUCUGAGAGACAAUCGCUUUGCUACCUUCAACACUUACUCCCCAGGGGAGGAAAUCCACUGUUCCAAGCACUCAGUUGUGGAUACCAAUAUGUAAAUAUAGGAAGGGACACAACUCUCAGUUCAGUUAUCACAGUUAUCCCUAAACAGGACUUGCCAAGCAUAAUACAAAUCAAUAUUCCUCAUGAAUUUCUGCUUCAUCUCAGAUAGCGAAACAUAUAUUUUGAUAGCAUUUUAAAUCAUGUCACGGAUUAGUUCUCAAUAAGUUCAAUUAGUAUAAUGUGUUGAAGUCGGUUUAAUUGUCCCUCAUAUUUUCUCUGUCAGUUCAUUCUUUACCUCAAAUCAUACUUCAAGUUUAAAUUGUAUUCAAUUUCUUACAAUUUAUUCUUGAAAAUCAUAACAAGUGAAUACAAUUUUGAAUUUUUACUAGAACAUUUUACAAAUUAUAAAUCUGUAUAUUUCUGUAGUAACCAUUUUUUUUUCUGCAAUGUGGAUGUAAUUAUUAGUAUCUUUAUAUUUAGGAAAUAAAACUAUGAGAUUGAUUGAUGAUAUAUGUUGGGCUAUUUUAUUAUGUCCUGUAUCCAAGUCUGAAGUCUUAUACAUAUUUCUACCAGGGGCAGCCAUUUUCAGAUUUAUAAAAAGAAAUAUUUAUUCAUUCUUAAAUCUUAAUUGUAAAAUGCAAUUUAAUUAUUUUUUUUAACAUUUUAAUUAAACAUUUUUUUUUAAAUUUUUUCUUCUUAAAUUAUCUGUCCCUUGAAACAAUUAACUAGCAGCUUAUCUGGCAAGAAGUCUACUUCAUGAUAUGCAAUCUAUAUUUCUCUAGUUCAUAAGCAUCUUGUCAUAUUUUGUUUUACGUGUCUGUAGUUCUUUGUGCUAUGAAUGGUUUGAUAUGGAUGCCUAGUUAUUUAUGAUAUUUUGAGAAUUACAGACAAAAGAUUCAUAGUUUUGUUUGAAUCAUUAAACUCAUUGUUUUUUUGUUUGUUUUUUUGUAAAUAUAUAUUUUUAUACAAUUUGAGUACAAGUAUUAAAGUGUUUUAUUUUUAUAAUUACAUUGUUACUCCUAAACUAAUAUUUUCAUUGGGUACAAAAAUGGCUAUAGUCCUGUGGGUACUAAUUGAAUUUAAUAAUUGCUCCCUCUUUUUAUAGGCAGCUAUUCAUCAACUGCCAUCGUUUUAUAAGAGUAAUAAUUGAGCGCCAUUUCUUUUCACAAAAGCCUUUAUACCUCACUUUACCUUACACUAAGAUACAUCAUAAAAUAAGUUUGUAACCUUUUUUUUUAAACUAGAUGUUUUAAAGUAAUUUGUCUAAAAAUGCUCAGAUUUUUGUCACACUUUUAUAUUUGGAAAAAUGUUUAUUGUUCUUCUCUAUAUUUUUUUACAGCAGUAGAAGAUAUUUCUUUUAUCUGGUGCUUGUUAAAUCUGUAGGUAUCCUGUAUCUGUGCCUAGAAAGAUCAUGAUUUAUUUUUCAUCUUUACUCUUAUGCUUAAUAUUAUGUUACAGCUUCUCAAAUUUUUUUCUCUUGGAUAAUCUUUCAAGUUUGAAACAGUGUAAAAAUAUUAAUUGGCUCUAAAACAUAAGUAAAAGUAUUGACUUUAUAUAAACAGUUCAGUUCAUUGGACAACAUAGGAUGUGAUCAUUUUGUACUUAAGAACUGGCUAGUCUGUUUACAAGAACAUACAUAGUGUUAUGAGAUCACAAGGUGUAAAUGUACAAGUAGAAAGUGCUUAAGUUGUUCCCAAGUAAUGGUAAGCUGGGUUCAAGUUCAUUUUUUGUAUCACCCAAAAGUGGGAGCUUAAGCUUGUCAAAAUAUAGAUUACAAACGCAAUAACUACUUUUGCUCACUAACUAUAGACAUAAAAAAAAUAAAUGUAAAAACAUUCUUUGAUGCAUGAUACCCAACAUGCAACUGAGUAUUUUCAGUAUUCAGUUCAGAUUAGUGAAAUAAUUGAAUAAAAAUAUGCUAUGGCCAUAGUGUUCUUUCAGUUCAAUAGGAUUUUGUCCAAAUAAAUGGCUGGUCCUAUACAUCCAAUUUGACUGUACACAUAAAUAUAUGUCAUGGUAGUGAUACAUUUUAAAAUCAAUCAAAAACUCAAUUCACAUCAAAUAUUUCCACUGGUGCUAAAAAAAGGGAGCAGAUCUUUUUUGGAGAAUUAGAAUUUUGAACUCUCCUCUAUUUGUUUUUUUUAUUUUCAAAAUAUUUGUGUGCUCUUUGGACAAAAUGUGUCUGUUAACCUUAAGAUCGAGAAACAUUUUCUGUUUCAAUAGCCAUUUCAAGUUUUUACAUAUGCUCAUGUCUUGUCCACCUUUAAUUCUACAUGCACAAAUGUAUUUCAGUGUAAAUAUAAUUUGUAUUUGUUCCUUUACAGUUGAUGUACUUAAUUAGUGAUAUUAUUUAGACCAUGGUCAAAUCCAGAUAUGGCAACUAAAUUAUUUUUUUUCCUGAAGAUUUUUUUUUCUUUGUGUUUUUGUUUAAGAUUCUAAAACAUUACAAUUAUAAUAUGUGUUGACUGUUCUCAGCGUAUUCAUAAUAUAAUGAUCUGCAUCACAUUAAUGGAAAAUGAAGCAUAUUAAAUUUUUAUAAAGACUGAAUCUUAAACUAAGUUUGUCAUGAACUGACAAAAAAUAUCAAAACAAAGAAAAAAUGUACUUAUUAAUAUAUUAUUAAUUGUUUUGAAUCCUAAAAUAAUAACCAUUUUAUAAAUUUCAAGAAAAAAAAAAGUUGAAUUGUGACUGUGAAGAAACAAAAUGGGUUUUGUUGAUCACUGACCCAUAAAAUGAAAAAAAAAAAAAGGUUGUAGUUGAUCAUUCCACUAUUUGUCUAGAUAACAUUGUGUCAAAAAUAUAUCACUUUGAUGCUGUUGUGCUGCACAUAACAUUUAAAUCAAAUGUUUUUACCAUAACCUUUUUGUUCUUACAAGCCAGUAACAUUUCAUAUACAACAGAUUAUUAAAUACAGCCCUUAAGGCAUAUUUGCUUAGAUAUGGAACCAAGGAAUUCAUAGUUCUCUUGUAAAGAACUAAUGCUGUUCUCAUAAGAGCUGUGGACUUAAAGACUUUCUUAUCUUAUAUGAUACAGAUACCACUAACUAAGUUACUAGAAAGUUUAAAUGAAAUGCUUUCCAACAUAAUACAGACUCUAGAAUUCGUUAGUGCCCUCAAUGAUACCUUUAGGCUUUAGCCUUUAGAUCAGUCCUGAUUCUCAUCCCAUGUAUUUCAUAUGUAAGUAAUUAGAUGAUAUUAAUAUAAGCUAUUACAAAAAGUAAUAACUAAUUCUGAUUUUUUUUUUUACAACUGUUUAAUGUGUUCUGUCUGAACAAAUAUAAAUUUUAUUUUAUUUUCUACAUACAAUGCAAUAUGAUUUUUUUAUAUUAUUAUUUGAUUGGUAUUAUGUUCUGUUGAUCAAUUGUUGUAUCUGGAGUUUUCUUUUUUUUGGAGACAAUUAUCUCUAUGAGUCAUUAUUGUAACAUGUUAAUGUAACAUCAAACUUUGAUAAUAAAUAUCAUUUUAUAACAUCGUCUGAAGGGGAUUGUCAAGUUGAAGAACAAUACUUUCACAAGGGCUAUAAACAAACAGAAUUAACUUGAUAUUUACCCUCAGGUUUUAUUUUCAGUUUAUGAUGUUUAUUGAGGAGUGUCUGAUACGUUUUACGUCUUUGCCCUGAAGGGUCAUUAGAUAAUAUUUAUCUUUCACAAGAUGUAAUACUUUCAAGUUGUAGUGUGAUAUAGCACUCCACUACCAAUGUAUUUACACUUUCAGAUUAGGCUCCAAUAAAUAUUGUCAAUUUUAUUUCUUUUGAUUACUAGUACUUAUGAGUGUACAGAGCUUAGAAUUGAGAUAGAAAUGGUAAAGGUACCUUUUUCAGAUCUUGCAGUCUAUCAGGGCAGUUGAAGUAAAGCUCCUCUGUUUCUAGGGCUUAACAUAUGUCAGGUACCUUUAAGAGUUGGGUAUAAUCACUGGUAUUAAAAAAUCCUGAAGUUUAAAAUCACAGUCUUCACUGAGAUUCAAACUCUAGAGCCCUGAGUUAAUAUCUCAAGUGCUUUACUACUUUGCCACCAUGCACCAUAGAAUUGAAAUGCUAUAAAGAAAGGAAAUAAUCCUUGUAUGAAUAUUUGUGUUCAGUUUGACUUAUCUUCCCUUGUGACACCUUGCUCUCUAGUUUGUUAUAUUAUGCUGCUAGUUUACUUUGAUGGUCCUGUCCUCUGAUUCAUAUCUCAACACAUCCUUCUCUUUCAGCUUGUUCAACUCAAGACUUUCAAAUCUUUGUUUCAUCUUCCAAGUCUGCAGACCAGUAGAUAGAGUGAAUUACAAAAAAACAUGUCUAAAAAAGAACAAAAGCAUCAGCCUGGUGUUAUUGAGAUCACUUUUCCCAGAGUGCAUUCUCUAAUCCAACACGCUGUUCUCAUGCCACCAAAUUAUUCUCUCUUCACUCAUGUUUUAGUUAUUUACAUUUGACUCUCAAUUUGUUUUGUUUUUCGUUGGCAUAAAAAAGAUUUCAUCACAUUUCCCAUUCACAUUGUCUCAUGCGCCAAAGUUUCACAUUUUCCAUCCACAUUGUCUCAUGGGCCAAAGUUUCACAUUUUCCAUCCACAUUGUCUCCUAGGUCAAAGUUUCACAUUUUCCAUCCACAUUGUCUCAUGGGCCAAAGUUUCACAUUUUCCAUCCACAUUGUCUCCUAGGUCAAAGUUUCACAUUUUCCAUCCACUUUGUCUCCUAGGUCAAAGUUUCACAUUUUCCAUCCACAUUGUCUCAUGGGCCAAAGUUUCACAUUUUCCAUCCACAUUGUCUCAUGGGUCAAAGUUUCACAUUUUCCAUCCACAUUGUCUCAUGGGCCAAAGUUUCACAUUUUCCAUCCACAUUGUCUCAUGGGCCAAAGUUUCAUGUUCAAAGUGUUCCUAUAUAUAGUUUUAUUUUGCACAUUUUGUUUCUCCAGUGAAAACAAACAAAACGUCCAUGCUUUCCUAUGUUUCAAGUUGGCAUCACAUUGUUUCAUUCAGGGUUACUGUUAGGGUUAGUGUGUCUUUCUUUUUCUUUUUGCAAAAGGCAAUUUUCUUCAAAUUAUAACUAGAUCUACUCCCUGAAGCUUACCAUCUAGUUUUUUUCUGCCGGAAAUACCAGCAUUUAUUGACAUUAAAGAAUAAUAUUGUCUUGCUUAUAUUUAAUACUUCAUGGACAACAGUUGAUUCUAAUUGAGAUUUUAAAUGGGUAGCAGUUUAUCUCUUGUCCAGAAAGUACCAGUCUAUGGAUAUCGGUUAAUCAAAUUUGAUAUCAAAGCUCUAAUAAUCUAUAUUUAUUAGGCAAAUUAAUCCCCCACUUCCC